AAGUUUCAUCUAUUCACCUUACUGCGUCAGUCUCUCUCCAUUGCCCACAAAAAAACAGAGGCCAACGUGUUUCAGAAAAAAAGUAAAAAAAAAUGGCUGACAUAUCCCAUCUAGAAAGACUGGGAAGAGAGCUGAAAUGCCCGAUCUGCUUGAGUCUUCUGAAUUCCUCUGUUUCACUUACCUGCAAUCAUGUAUUUUGCAAUUCAUGUCUGGAGAAAUCUAUGAGAUCAGCAUCCGAUUGUCCAGUGUGCAAACUUCCAUAUCGACGCAGAGAGAUUCGAUCUGCUCCUCAUAUGGAUAACUUAGUCAGCAUUUACAAGAGCAUGGAAGUUGCCUCUGGAGUCAAUAUAUGUGUCGCUCAAACUGCAACUUUAUCCAAAUUAUCAGAUGAAGAGAGCCAACUAGAUCCUCAUAAAAUUUGUGAGAUCCAAGAUAAUGAAAAAGCUCCCAUCGAGACUCGAGACACUGAAAAUCAGAAAAAACGUCAAAGAAAAGGAUUGAAAAGACCAUUGGAGAGUAACCAGAAAGAUUGUGGUUCAGACUUUAUGAAACCUUCCUUUCCUACUAAGAAAAGGGUUCAGCUACCAGAGCAUCUAUCUUUAGAAAGCCCAACGCAGCAUGAAAAGAUGCAAGGUAGGACUAAUGAAAUUUCCAUGAAUGAACCUCAGAAACCUCAUGUUAUACAGAAAGAAAAGCCUGUUGUAAAUGAAAUGGGGAAUCCUGUUUUCACUCCAUUCUUCUGGCUGAGAGAGGAGGACCAAGCAGAGAAAUCAAGUCAGCAUUCAGAUGGGGACCAAGUCAUUUAUACACCGCCUGAUGUUCCUUGUUUCAGUGAUAUAAAGGAUUCAGAUGAUGAAGUCCAUAGUAAAACAAGUCCAAAAGGGAAAACUAGUGUUUUAUUGAAAAGCACAGACUUCAUUGACAGUGAGAUGUUUGAAUGGACUCAAAGACCUUGCUCUCCUGAACUUUGUUCAAGCCCUAUAGAAAUACAGGUUGAAGAUACUGAAGAGCAAUUUGGAGAUGAGGCUGCAGCUGCCUCAGCAUAUGAAACUGCCUGUUUACAGCUUAGACCUGAGAAGAGAGGAAAAAAAGCUAAUGAAAAGGGUUCUGGCAAAGUAAAUUUUAGCUUUUCGCCUUCAUCUUCUCCUUUGAGAAAAAUCUUAAACAGUAAACGUGGAAUGCAGAAGCCUAGCAAACGAGUUAGUAAUAUGACUGGAAGUAGUAAAAGUAAGAAAUCCGUGAGAGCUUUGUCUAGAGUAACUGGAGAUCCCAAUGAAUUACAGAAUGUAACUGAGGAAAGUAUGCAAAAGAAGUCUGGCCAGAAGAAAACAACUUCAAAUUUGAAGGUGAUAAACUCUAUAAUCAACCGAAAUGAUUGCUCUGAGGCUAAUAUUCAUGAGAGAACCCCUGAAUGCAUUGCCACUUUAUCUGAUGGGGUGGAGCCUUUGACCGUGGGUAAUGGAACAGCAUUGGCUGACUUUUCAGCUUCACUAAAUCAGCAAGAAUACAGGGCAGGAAGUCAUCACCUAAAGAAAUGUUGCAAAAGCUGUAAAAGCAGUGAGAAGACAAUUGCUCUCCCACAAACAGCCAGUGAUAAAUUAAAAGCUGGAAAGUUGAAAACUGGUAAGGGUGACAUAAGUAAAAGCCAAUGCAAUGAGAUUCCGAUUUUCAAUUCAAGCUAUCAAUCUUCCAUGUUAGGCAAUGGCAAAAAAGCUUCUUCUUCAGGCAAGGCAAACGGAAGAUGUGAAGAAAACUGUAACAAACUUUUAAGACAUCUGAAGAAGGUGAAAUUUUCCGAAGAUGCAUCCGAGGAAAAUUGUGAAGACAAUCCUCAAAAUCUUCAGAAAAAGGCUAUGAUGGAAAGACCAACAUUUGGAAAUUUUGGAGCAAACAGUGAAUGUUCUCUUUCUGACAAUCCAUCAGAAGUGGAGAAGGCUGUUUCCACUUUGAGUGGUGUUUUACGAAAAUGUGGGUCAUUUCCUAACAUAAUCGAGUGCGCUUUCUGUCAUUCUGCUGAAGAAUCUGAGGAUUGUGGGGUCAUGUUUCACUACCUAAAAGGCAAGCUCGUUACAGAAAAUCAGGAUGGAAGUUCAGAUAUCAUACAUGUGCACCAGAAUUGUACUGAAUGGGCCCCUAACGUGUUUUUUGAAGAUGAUAAGGUGAUAAACCUUGAAGCUGAAUUGACAAGAAGUCGACGGAUUAAAUGCUGUUGUUGUGGAAUUAAAGGGGCAGCUCUUGGGUGUUAUGAGAAGAGUUGCCGCAAGAGCUUUCAUGUUCCUUGUGCUAAGUUGACUCUAGAAUGCCGAUGGGAUUAUCAAAAUUUUGUCAUGCUUUGUCCUCUUCAUACGUCCUGUCAAUUGCCAAACGAAAUGUUGGGAUCUCAUUCCAAGCGGAACAGAAAAUCUGUGGCUGAAAGGCAGUCUCAGAUUCACCAACCGCAGGUCACUAAAAAAUGUGAAAGUAGCACAACGUUGCAGUGGAAUUGUCAUAGAAAAACUAAAAACUUGGUUCUCUGCUGUUCAGCUCUCACUGAUGUGGAGAAGGAAAUUGUCUCUGAAUUUGUGAAGUUGUCUAGAGUUACAAUAUUGAAGAGCUGGGAUUUAAGUGUUACACAUGUCAUUGCAUCUACGGAUGAGAAUGGGUCUUGCAGACGAACCCUUAAAUUUUUAAUGGGCAUCUUGGAAGGGAAAUGGAUUCUGAGUGUUGAAUGGAUUAAAGCGUGCAUGAAAUCAGGGGAGUUCGUUAAUGAGCAGCAUUAUGAGAUUGGGGUUGACAUUCAUGGAAUCAGGGACGGCCCGAGGCUUGGAAGAUUAAGACUUAUAAACAAGGUUAUUUCUUCUCCACAAUUGAUCUGCAUAUUAUUUAUUCUUUUUCUGAAGUUAGGAAUACUAACAUUUCGACUUUGCAGUUGAUUUUCUGAAAAAGUUAAAGUUACAAAAGAAGUUGCAUUUUUAUCCCAAGUUCAAUUAAAGUGCUUAUUUAGCCAAGCUCGUAAUUCUAUCCUUCUUUCCUAGAUGCCA